CCCAAAAUGAUCACCCACCAGACACUGUACAACCUCGCUAACUACCUCGGCGCCUUGGCCAUGAUCACAGUUGUCGCAUACCACUUCGUCGCCGUCAACGCUCGCUAUCUCGCCAAGAACGGGCGUCGUACGUAUACCGCAUCACGACCUUCAGUGCGAGCAAUCACCACCUCCUUUGUCACGCUACCGCUCGCCGCCUUUGCCCAUCGCCCCAUUCCGUGCUCCCUUCCCGCACCCGCGACGAGCGAUGCCACCGCCCUCCUUCCUUUUCAUCACUUCCUAUCUUUUCCCCGUCUGACUACUAUUCACUUGCAUUCUGCCUUCGUCGUCGUCGCUCCCUUCACGCCCAGGAGUCCCAAUCUCGCUCGCGCCCUCGUACACUCCCACGACCAAGCCCUGUUGAACCAAAAAAAAGCAACUGUAAUGAGCUCAACCUCCGCAUCGCUCACUUGCACCACGCUCGCGAACGCCUUUGCGCGCGCGUUUCUUACUUCCGGGCUCGGUACUCCGGGCCGGACCGGGUCGAAAGGCAUGGCACUUGCCGACGCUGUCGCAUGA